AUGGCCGGCCAUAAGAAACACCACUUUAGUAAAGAUGAGAAAAAGCACCACCGUGACGUUACUGCUGUAAAUUGGGGGGACUGGCAGUGGUCCGACGAAUAUCAGAGUAACUUUCAACUGGGCUAUGAUUCAAAAGGGAAGGUCAUUGACCAGCGCUGGAGUGAUAGCACAGACACACCGAGGACUGCACCUGCCAUAGAUGAUGAAUUGGCAGGGGGCAUGGGUGGAAUGUCGCUUGGGGCCGAGCCUGGCGCUGGUGGCUCAUCCGUAAGCUCGACAUCGUCGUGGGGUUCUCAUUAUCCAUCCUAUAGCCAUGACCAGCACCUGAAAGGCAAAGCGAAAAGCCACAGCAGAGAUGAAGGAUCGGAAAUGCUUCCCGCUGACGCGACAUCCGCUUUCGACCCUGUUGCUUAUGAAGAUGAAGACGCGACGGCCUCUGCCUACAAUACCAGUGCCUAUGCAGAUAGUUACGGUCUUGCCAGUGAUGAUGGUGGCGACCCUGAGUUUGAACAAGCUCUUCAUGCUAGCAAACAGACAUAUUACGGCCAAACGACUGCAGGUGAAUCUUCCAGCUCUGCCUCAGGAGGCUUUGACCAGCAAUCGUCCAACUAUUACGGAGGAGCUGGCCAGGCUUCGUCCGAAUAUUACCCCGAGACCGGCCAGGCUUCUUCGGACUAUUACUCCGGAACUGGCUCGAGCUCGAACUACUUGACUGCUCAGGAGGAUGACGAUUACCAAGAUGAUGGAACCCAUACGCCAACGCAGGCUGGCCCAAGUCAGAUCUCUCAGCACAGAGCUCCGCUGAUCUCUGGUACGAGUAAUUAUGCUUUUGACGACAGUGAGUACAACACAUCAACAUCAUCGCACGGCACUGACCGCGUCAAGGGUUCAGCGUCCAACCAUCAAGGUUAUUCGUUCCUGGUGUUUAAACUUGUCUGGGCCGAACCAAGAGGCCAGUCUAGUAAGAAGUUUGCUGGCAACUCGGAGGCCCCGUUUACCGAAGCGGGCAAGAAACGGGUGGACGGCGAAAUGUUCUAUACCGGAGUCCGCCGUUUUGUUGUCACUGCUUCUGAGAGUGGCAGCAGCAUCUGUGUCCCAAUCCUUACCUACGAGGGUCGGGGCUGCAACAAACCUGGUGUCAGAGCGGAAAAUCAUGGAAUCGUGUAUGAGCCGCCGAGCCCUCCCACACGACUUCGGGGCGAGCCCCAACAUGGCUUUGACCCUGUACGUAUGGAGAUUUAUGUGGAAGGUGAGACGCUCGUUGCAGAGUCUCGUAUCAACUACUCCAAGCUGGUAACCAUAGAGCACAACAUCAACGUCCUGUUCAUAGGCAGAAUCUACGGCGAGGAUUUCGAAGCCGUCUCUAGAGCAGUCGACGAAUGCUGGGCGCGGAGAAUUCGCCGCCCAAAGAAGAGUAACAAGAAGCGCCGCUAG